UAAAAUAAGAUUAAACAAAAUUAUAAGGGGUAUAAUUGAAAGAAACAGAGGAAAACCAUAACAUACCACAAAAUUGGUGGAAAAAUAGGAGAUUUCAUGCUUCCCAAAUCCUCAAAUAGUACCAAACGUUACCAUCAUUUUUAGGAUACCAUGGAAACAAUCAUGGUUCCGUAAUCAUACCAUACCAGGAAACCACCAUCCAAACAAGCUGUAAGUAAAUCUUCAAAGCAGAAUAUUUGGGUCUCCGAUCAUCGACUUCUCCAUAUCGAUCGACUACUCCGAAUCUAUUGAUCUUCAAAUCAGUGCUCCAGGGUCCAGUAUGCAUCUCAAAAUUUAUAAAAACUUUGGGUCUCCGAUCGAUCGACUGCUCCGCAUCUCAAAUCAGUGCUCCGAUCGACUACUGCUCCGACAAUGAGUGCUUCGACCACCAGUGCUCUGACCGCUUUCGAUUGAACCCUAGUCAUCUAUUGAAACAGGUAUUCAGUGCCAUAGGAUUUUAGUGCCCUAAUUUCUAACUUCUAACAGUAUUUCUGUGCUUGUUGCAAAGUGUCGUAGGAUUUCAGUGCCCUAAUUUCUUGCGAAGUGUCAAUUUUUUGUGCUUAUUCUCUUAAAUAGACUGAUUUUUAAAAAUAUUUGCUAUUACUUGGCAACAUAUGAACUCUGGGCCACGGUAUCUUUUUAUUUGAGCUGUAGGGUGGAAUUCUAUAGUUUGUGGAAUUUUUGUAUCUCUCUGUGCACUUAGUGGCACCAUACUAGGUACUCUCUGUUAAUUCCGACAAAUACAAUAAUAACUCCCAAAUUCCCUUUUUUGAUCUCACAAAUAAUACAAUUGUACAUUGUCAAACACAAUUGUGUUAUGAAAACUAAUGGAAUAGCUUUAUUUACUGAUGAAAAAAAGAAUUAGGUAAGGAGAAAGAAAACGAGGUUAGAGUUGGGGAUAGGGAUGCUGAGCAGAGUCUGGGAUUGAAUAUAGAUUCUGGUGUUGGUGUUGGUGGUGAGGACAAUGAUAAUGAUAGUGAAGGCGGUGUUGGGAUUUUACACCAGAAUUUGACUUCAGCUAGUAGUGCACUUCAGGGACUGGUUAGGAAAUUGGGUGCUGGAUUGGAUGAUUUACUCCCUAGCUCUGCAAUGGCGUCAGCAUCAUCGUCUCACUAGAGUGGACGGCUCAAGAAGAUAUUAGCUGGUUUAAGGGCAAAUGGCGAGGAAGGGAAACAGGUAGAGGCUUUGAUGCAGCUGUGUGAGAUGGUUUCCAUUGGAACCGAAGACUCCCUGUCCACAUUUUCUGUGUAUUCAUUUGUACCGGUACUUGUAGGACUGCUCAAUCACGAGAACAAUCCUGACAUUAUGCUUCUUGCUGCCCGGGCUCUUACCCAUUUGGUUGACGUUCUUCCUUCUUCUUGUGUUGUUGUUGUCCAUUAUGGAGCUAUUUCAUGCUUUGUAGCUCGCCUGCUUACAAUUGAAUACAUGGACUUGGCUGAACAGUCUUUGCAAGCUCUAAAGAAGAUAUCUCAGGAGCAUCCAACUGCUUGUUUGAGGGCUGGUGCACUGAUGGCUGUGCUUUCUUAUCUCGAUUUCUUUUCCACUAGAGUUCAGAGAGUAGCAUUAGCAACUGCUACUAAUAUGUGCAAGAAGCUUCCUUCAGAUGCGUCUGACUUUGUCAUGGAAGUUGUUCCUCCUAUGACGAAUCUCCUUCAGUAUCAUGAUGCAAAGGUAUUAGAGCAUGCUUCUAUCUGCUUGACCCAUAUUUUUGAAGCAUUUGCAUCUUACCCAGAUUUGAGAAUCACUACACAAAACAUCCCCGGUUAGAUGAGAAACGUUGGAUAAUGCUUUUCUCAGUAUUUCCCCGGGGAUAAAGUGAUGUUGGAAAAUAGCAAGUAUCAUCAUAGCAACUCUUUAACUGAACCAUACAUAGCAGCUCAUAAUAUACUGCUUACUCAUUCAUCUGUUGUCAGAUUGU